UUAUUUUCAAAACCGUUUCGGACGAAAAAUAAAAAAUAAAAUGCACGAAAAUUCGUCAAUUUCACAAACAUUCGAACACAUUCUUGGUGUUAAAUUUACGUGGUAUGAUAAUUCUUUUUUUCUUUUAAUGUUAAUAAUAAGUGCAUUUAUUGGAAUUUAUUAUGGAUUUUAUAAAAAACAAACCACAGCAAAAGAUUAUUUAUUAGGUGGAAAAUCAAUGACUGUGUUUCCGACGGCCUUAUCGCUAACAGCAAAUAAUGUUUCUGGGAUUGCUUUAUUAGCAAUACCACCGGAUGUUUAUAGUCACGGAAUAGCUUAUUGGAUUACUUAUGUAAGCGCCUCAGUGGUUGUUUUUACUUCAUAUUGGAUUUUCGUCCCAGUGUUUUAUUCUUUAGGAAAAAACAGCACGUUUGAAUAUUUAAAAUUAAGAUUCGACACAAAAACAAGAUUAUUAGGGUCUGGUUUAUUUUUAAUUUCAAGAUUACUUUAUUUACCGAUUGUAAUUUAUAUUCCCGCUUUAGCUUUAGCGCAAGCUACUGGAUUAAAUAUUCAUUUAAUCACAAUAUUAGUUUGCGUUGUUUGUAUUUUUUAUACAAGCGUAGGUGGAUUAAAAGCUGUCGUGUACUCAGAUGCUCUUCAAUCAACGGUUAUGAUCGGUGCUUUAAUUAUAGCUUUUACAUUAGGAGUAAUUCGUUGCGGUGGAUUAGGAAACGUUUGGACGGUUUCUUUGGAAAACGACAGAUUAAAUUUAUCAUCAGAUUUAGAUUUAACAAAGCGGGAUUCAAUUUGGGCUGUUACAAUAGGGGCCUUUGUUGCAUGGACUGCUUUUACUGGUAUAAAUCAAAUUUAUAUCCAAAAAUGUUUGGCUUUACCAACAAAAUCGGAUGUAAUAAAAGUUUUAUGUAUUUUCUCGUUUGGUUUGAUCUUAAUCGGAUCUUUAACUAAUUUUAUGGGAUUAGUUAUGUUUACUGAGUAUGAAAAUUGUGACCCCGUUGAAGCAGGAAUUUUAAAUAAACCAGAUCAAUUAUUACCUUACUACAUUAUGGAUUUAUCGAAACAACUUCCUGGAUUAGCCGGAUUAUUUGUAGCAGGGAUUUUUAGUGCUGCUUUAAGCACUUUAUCGGCGUCUUUGAAUUCAUUAUCAUGCACAAUUUACGAAGAUUUUUUAUCGAAGUAUAUCCCGAAACAUACGUCCCAACAAAAAAUUAGCACAAUUCUUAAAAUUAUCGUUGUUAUUACUGGGGUAAUUUGUACUACUUUAGUAUUGGUUGUUGAAAAACUUGGUGGAUUAUUAGCUUUAACGAAUAGUAUGGAAGGAGUUACUUCAGGAUCGAUUUUAGGACUUUUUGUUGCUGGAAUGUUAAUUCCAAAAAUAAACGCUAAAGGUGCUUUUUAUGGAUGUAUUGCUUCUAUGUCAAUCAUGGCUUUUGUGGUUUUUGGAUCACAAUUUUAUCAAAAUAGUGGUUAUUUGAUUGAUUUACCUUUACCUGUUUCAACUGAAGGCUGUCCUUCGAAUUUAAAAAAUGUAACCAAAUUUGAUGAUGUUUUAAGAAUGUCUCACGCAGAUAUUCCUUACAUAUUUCGAAUUCAAUUUUAUUGGUAUGGACUUAUGGGUUUAAUUUUAUGCAUAAUGUUUGCGUUAAUCAUUAGUAUUUUUACAAGAAAUUAUAACAAAGAAGUUCCAAGAGAAUUGUUAAGUCCAGUUAUACUUCCAUUUAUUUCUAAGAAACGCGAAAUAGAAAUGAAAAAUCAUGGCGUAUAUAAAUCUUUAGAUCAAACUUUGGAAUUUUUAGAAAAUGAAAGAAAUUAGUUUUAUUUUUUUUACGU